AUGACAAUCAGUCUUGUAUUAACUACUUCUAAUACUUUUAUAGAUGACGAGCUUCUACCUUCCUUUUUUGUAGUAAACAAACUGGCCUCUUUCUUCGACGCCUUUCCUGUAAACGUCUGUGAGCCUCUUUUUACUCUUCUGGAGAGUUACCUUCCCGUCUGGAACAGCCCCAAGUUUUCAGUUAACGACCGACACGUGGUGCUGAAAAUCUGUAAUGUUUUGCUGCAGAGGCUUUCUAAAACCCAGCACACCGAAUUUUGUGGUCGCGUACUGAUUUUUCUGUCCAAACUUUUCCCCAUUUCCGAGCAGUCAGGGGUCAAUAAAUACGGCGAAUUUAAUGUAGAUAACACCACUAUUUUUGAUGCUAAGAGCGACGAAGAUGAGAUCAGUGAAAAGAAUGAGCUGCCUGAAACAAUUGUUAAGCUGGAAGACGUGGAUGGCCACGUGAUUGUGGAUCAUGAGUUUUACAAAAAGUUUUGGCUUCUACAGACUUACUUUAGCUCCCCUGCCAACUGUUAUCAGUCCCACCAAUUUGCUGAAUUUCAGCAUUGCGCUGUUGCUGUCCUCGACACGUUAUCCCACGAAAAAGCGAGGGCUGUGAAUACGCCACCCGAAGCUGAUGUGGUUGGCAUUGAUGUCACCCCCUUGCCCAUGUACCCUAAAUUUUUGACGUCGCGCCGUCUUAUCGGCCUGCAAUUACAAGACCCCGUCUUUAGGGCCAUUAUAAUCUUUCAAAUGCUUAUUCUCUUCCAGUUCUUGCUUAACCCUUCCUCGAAGUUUUGCCACUCCGCUGUGCUUUCGGCGGAGGCUUUAGAAUGGGUUAAAAAGACUCACGAGCGCUGUCUAGUUAUGGCUUCCCAAAUACGCCAGCAUGGGAAGAGCUGUCGUGGGACGGUGACCCACAUGUUAGAAAGAGAGCGGGCUUGGUGCGAGUGGAAAGAGCAGAACUGCCCUAGUUUCGAUGCACAAAAUAAAACGUUUCCGCUUUUGGAGCGCCGCACGCAGACGCUGGAGGAUAGACUGCGAAAACGUUCGUUUUUGGGCUCUAAAGAACUGAGUGAGUUAUUUAAAAGAACGGACGCGGCGAAUUAUGAACAACUUAAGAAGAAUAAUUUUGUGCCAGAUUUUGACGAAUUUUUCGAGGAAGCCUUAGAACAAGUUUCUGAAGACGCCUGUAUCGAGGAAGAGUAUCUUCUUUGGCACAACUCAGUGUGGGUUGCUAGGGCCGUUCGCUUAUUAACGAAAGCUAACCCCGCAGUAUUUGAGUUCAUGAAAGGCGGGACGAUUGUGGAAGCCGUUCGGUAUCUGCAAGAGAAAGCAAAGAGUCAAUCGCGAGAAGAACCAGCGAAUGACGCUUGUUCACUGGGAGAAGAAAGCGAGUUGGAACAGUGUGGGGAUAAAAGACCAAGGCUUGAGGGCAGCAGCGAGGCCCUCAAAUAA